CCAUAUUUUGUGCAUUUCAUAAUUUAUCCAUUGUUAUAUUAUCUUUUAUUUCUGCGAAAUUACUAUUUGUUAUCUCUCAGUUUAUAUAAGCAAAUCAACAGUAAAAAUGAUGUCUUUGGAUAGUAGUGCAUUCCCUGAUCCAACAGCAGCAAUAGCAGGAUAUCGACCAACUGAUCUUAUACCGGAACUAGCAGACAUAGAGUCUACCAGCGUUACUAGAAAAGGUGAAAAAUGAUACUAUGAUGGCAAAGGAUAUAGCCUCGUACUUCAGGAAAAGAGCUUAUGUGGAGGAGAGUUAUGGUAAAGAUAUGAUUAAAAUGUCACAGCAUGCAGCAGAAUCGUUUGAUAAAGCAUAUCCGAAAUCAGGAACAUUCGGCGAUGUUUGGAUAUCUAUGUUGAAAGUACAUGAAAGUAUUGGUAAUCAACGAAUAAAAUUCUCAGCCGCACUUUCCGAUGCAGCAGACGAUCUAUUAUCGCUAGGACGAAAUAUCGACAAAGACAGAAAAAAAAUAAAGGAGACAAGUGUACAGUAUGAUAAAAUAGUCAAUGACGCCAACACAGCACUAGAAAAGAGUAAACAGAAAUUUGAGACUUCGAAUGAGGAAUGGGGUAGAGCUGUGUCGCAACGAAAUCAUGAACCGAUACAGCCUUCUAAAAAGCAUCUUUUUCGAACAAGUCGUACACCUGCACAGUUAGACAAGAACGAAAAUGACUGUAGAGCUAAGAUGGAUGCGGCAGACGCUCAAUAUAAAUUGCAAUAUGAACGGGCAAUGCAGGCUCAAGCUGAAUAUUAUGAAAAACACUUACCUCUCGUCCUGAAGGAGCUCAAGAAUGUGGAUGAUGAAUGUAAUGUCGCUUUAAGGUAUCAGUUAGCAAGUUAUGCUUACACUUUCGAGCAAGCAUUGGCAGAAGAUGGCUUGGCAUUAGACAACGAUCAAGGGACUGGACUACGAGCUUUAAUCACAAAGAUCGAUAAAGAAGCAGACUGGAUUGAUUUUGUCCGGUUAUGUGGGGAAAGAAGCGGACGGAUUCAAAAAAAUGAGUAUUUUACACAACAAGGAAUGACACCCGACAACAGAAUUAUCAAUCAUAACCUCGUAAAGCGCGUUUUUGGCGUUUCACUACAACAGCAAGCCGAACUGACUGAGGAUAUGGUUCCUGAUAUUUUGAAACGAUGUGCAACUGUAGUAGAGCAAUAUGGUCUAAAUUCAGUAGGCAUUUAUCGAUUAUCCGGUACAAGCAGUCGUAUUCAAAAAAUCAAAUUCAAAUUCGAAAGUGGAGAUCCUAACCCUAUUUCCGAAGAAGAUCUCUCUGAUAUCAAUAAUGUAACCAGUGUACUGAAGCUUUGGUUCAGAGAACUGCCAGAUUCUCUAUUUCCAUCUGCCUGUUAUCACCAAUUUUUAGAAGCAGCAACUCUAAUAGACGAAAAAAGCAGAGUGAUAGCUCUACAUACCAUAAUUAAUACGUUGUCAGACGCUCAUUAUGCCACUUUGAAAUACUUGAUGUGCCAUCUUGACAGAGUUCAAUCGCACCAGCGGUUCAAUAAGAUGGGUGCUGCAAAUUUAGCAACCAUUUUUGGGUUGACAUUAAUGAGUAAUAAUGAGGCAGGCUCUCAUCCUCAAAUGAUAUUACACGAUAAUCAACGCAUUGCAGACUCUCAAUUACAGGCAAAAGUUGUCCAGACAAUAUUAGAAAACUAUGCUGAAAUCUUUGAAGAAGACUAAUCUAUAAUAAACAGCCGCUUCUGCAAUAUUUUUAUUGUUAUUUGAAAAUAUUAUUGUGCUAGCUUUCUAAAUAAUAGAUUUUAUAUGAAUAGCUACAAUCAUUAGACAAAGUUCGAUUUGAACCGUUAGAGAAGC